AGGCGGAGUUGCACGGUCGCACCUUUACUCAAGCUUGGCUCGCCAGUCUCCACGCCCUCAUGUCGUCACUGGCACCUGCUUCUAAUUCUUUCACAUAGUCCUUUGGCAGACAACCACACACAGAGAAACGCUUACGAAUACAUCUUCGGAAGCAGUAUUUUAUUUGAGCCACUUUGGGUUUCCCCCGCAACUCCAGCCGACCAGAACGCACCCUCCCCGGUCACGUCUGUGUGCCGGUCGGCCGUCAACCCCGUCAGUCCAGUUGGUCACAACGGUCACGUUCCAUAACCUUGAGAGGUUGUUGGUGUGAAUUGUAUUGGAAUGCCAGCCUUUAAUCAGAAAAGGCAAAGCAGCCAGACCCCUAAACCGUCUACUUUUUGAAAGCCUGCUGCACUACGAUGCCUUUGAGACUAAAAUGUCUACGGUGAAGCAUGUUGUCAUGAGGGAUAAAGACCAGAAUGAUGAGAAGAAGUUGGAUUGGAGUUAUAUUGAAUGGUUGGAAAAUGAAGUCACUUCAGGUGUGGUUGACGCAGAGACGCAAACUGAUCAGGGGCCUUUUGAGCACAAGGAGUGUCAAACCAGCAACCCGGUGAUAAUGCAUAUCGAUUUAACGCGGACACACUCUAAACUGAGGCAUUCAGCCUUACUAGAUCACGAUGGCUCGGUGGCACCUUUCUUCCAGUUCGACCGGCAGGCUCCCGGCCGCAUCUCCACCUCUCCGACCUUGAGGAGGAUGAGGAGCACCAGGCGUCCAGUGUUGGACUCCCAGAAUCCUGCAAGAAUGGGUAGCACCCAAGAGGAGGGUUCCCCCACAUGCUUGUCAUCACCUUUACACAGAGUAAAGUCUCCGCUCGCCACAAGCCCCCUCCUGUCUGGGGGCGACAUCUGUCACGAGCAUCCGCCAAUUUCAUCCUGUGGCAGACAGAGAACCAGAUCACAUAGAUCAAAGACGUUGGAGAAUGGUAUGGCUUCCAUGAAGCCAGAAUGUCACAGUGCGCAUCCUACUAUUAUGAAAGAUUUUGGAUUCCCUGAUAGUGAAUUACAGGAGAAGGAGCAUUGCACUAAUAGAUUACAAGAAAGGAGGCGAAGUUCUGUAGUUGUCAGCUUACCUGGCUUGGAUGUUUCACCUGGAGACUUGUUUGUAUCCAAUGGAGCAGCUGAUCUUCUCAACAACUUUUCUGACACAAAAAAGUCAAAGUGGCCUUUUUCAAGGCGGAGCACGACUAAAGGGAAGUCCCAAGCAGGCACAUCGGUGUCAGAUAUUGAAAAUUUUCUCUCAACAGUACAAAUUCAGGACUGGAGAAACUGUGACCUUCAAAAGUAUAAGGACUACUCCGUAGCAGAGUUCUUGCAGGACCAGUCCUCCCAGUGGUGUGCCACCUCUGAACCACAGGGCUUUAAAAGACAAGAGGCCAUCUGGGAGCUCUUCACCAGCGAGUGUAUUUACUUCCUGGAUCAGCUCAUGGUUCUAAAAGAGGUUUUUUUGGCCACGCUCACAAACCUUCAGAUGAGAAGCUGCCUGGCUGAUAUUGAUGCCUGGAGGCUGUUUGCGAACCUCAGUGAGCUUUGCUUGGUGAGUUUUGGUUUCCUUAACAACCUCCUGCGCGUCAUCAAGGAUUCGUUGGACAUCACCGAUGGUAACCAAGCCACACUGCUGGAGCUCUUGAGCAAAGCCUUCCGGGGGGGCAUAUGCCACUGCUUGCAGAAGUACUGCCUCAAUUACUCCACGGCUUUGCUUUAUCUGGACAGCCUGAAGCCCAGAGAGGACUUUGGGACUUAUGUCAAGUGGUGCGAAAGCAACAAGCAGUGCCGCAGGUUGCAGCUACGCGACUUGCUGGUGGCGCCUUUGCAGAGGUUAACACGCUACCCGCUGCUCCUACGAAACAUUGCGAGGCGCCUCCACACGGAGGAGGAAAGUGGGCUUGUGCAGGCUGUAGCAGAGCAAGUGGACGCAUCCAUAUGUGACCUGGAGGGGAAGGUGAAAUGGUUGGACAACUACCAAAAGGUCAAACAGCUGCGAGAUGCCUUGGUGUGGCUUCCUGUGUGGGAGCGUGACAAGCGGGCCUUUAUCCCUGAGACGGUUAAGCAUCUGCUGAAGGCUGUAACACUGGAGAAUCUCAUUUCCCACAGGAGUUUACUGCAUGAAGGCAAAUUAGUGCUUGCAGAGAACACCAAGCUCAUUGACGUCUACUUGUUCCUCUUUGACGAAUUCCUGCUCAUCACUAAGAUAAAGCGGAACAAGAAGAGGUCCCUCGGUCCGGAAGCAAACUCCUUGCGCCUGGCACAAAACCUGGAGCUGGAUCAGCUGCUGAAGGAAGGAUGCACAUUCACCGUUCUGGACCAGCCCGUCUCCCUUGACCGACUCCAGCUCAGGAACAUUGAUCAGCUCAAUGCCUCAACGUCAGGGCUGCUUCAUUCUUUCAUAAUCACGCACCAGAACCGCUACCAGCAGUGUAUCGGCGCUUUUGUCCUGCAGGCUGCGUCGGAGGCUUGCAAGAGAACGUGGCUGUCCAAGAUCGAAGAGGCAGUAUCGGCGUUGCUGAAGCUGAACUCUCAGCAGGCGCGAGUGAAAAACACAUCACUUUGGUUGGAGUCAUCCCAGAUCUGAAACAUCGACCCACACGCGCACACCACCUUCUACGUACGCUUUACUGUCCCCGCGUCAUCCAUGACUCAGCUUGCUUACACAGAACUUCGCCAGCCGUACCAUUAAAGCUGUUGUCAUGUAGUGCAAUUUGUUACCUUGUUUCCUUUUCUAACACUGUAUCACUCUAGCUUUCAUGUGAAAUUGCUAAACUUUUAUUAUUUCAGGGAUUACAGUGACUACAAAAUGUCUCAAUCUUACUAAACAUUUCCAAAAUGUGAGCCUGCUGUCAAUAUUGGAGCGACUGAACUUUAAUUCUUUCUGGGCCAGUGGUCACGAUAGUGUUCAAAAGUUUUGACACUUAAGAAUUACAGGGCAUGCGACUGUUACUGGUCAUGAAACUUUCUUUAAUAUUGGCAGUUACAGUUUUUAAUUCGUAUUGUAUUUAAAAGCAAAAUGAAAAUGAAUAAAAACAAAUACUCUGCUUAUGGCCCCAAGUAACUAAAUAUUUUGUCAUUGUAUUUCUAAUUGCAUGUCAUUGCAUGAGUGAUACAUGUCCAAUUGAUUUAAACUGAGAUGAAUGCCAGAGGUGGGUAGUAACGCGUUUCAUGUACUCAGUUACAUUUACUUAAUUUUUUCAGACAAAUGUACUUCUACGAGUAGUAUUACUAAGCCUUACUUUUACUUGAGUAGAUUUGUGAAGAAAAAAACAACUCUCACUCCGCUACUUUGGCCUACAGAAGAAUCGUUUCAUUUUUCCUCUUUAUUGUUCAUAUUUGAUAUCUUUUUUGGCCAGCGAUGCCAAGAGUAGCUCUACCCAUUUCAACACAAUAAUCACAUGACUAUUAUACCAAUCAGAUUGCAAGCUUGCCGUUCUAUGAUCACAGCAGCCUGUUCAAUCACGUUGCAUCUUUAAAGCACUGUUAAAAAGUAUUUGACAUAGAGCGCUGCCCUCAACAUAACUGGAAAGCGUGGAUUUUAAUCUCUCCCAGUCCUUAUUUGACAGAUUGACCACGGAAAACUGGAGAUAUGAGCCUUUUAAUUUCAUAUUAGUACCUAUUUUCUCUGUCAGAGGGCACUCAUGCUUUUUGGACAAAUCAUGCUUCGUCAUUUUUUUCCUUAGUAUUUUUUUUUUUGGCUUAAUUCGGUUAUAUAAUAGGUUAUUGUAGAUUAUAAUUCUAACAACAGUUCAUAUCGAUAACUGUGCUGAGAAAGAAAAAUCACAUUUGUAAGCCGUUACAAUGUUACUCAUUUUCACCAUACUUUUUUACUAGAAUACAUUUUUUGGAUGACUAACGCUACUCUUACUUGAGUACAAUUUUUGGCUACUCUACCCAACCUCUGAAGAAUGCUCAUUUUUCAGUACCAUUGACGGCGCCAGGCAUCCAAACCAUUUUGACUGUUCAUUUCAGUAGUUUAUGAACAUUCAUUUAACCCUCUCACACAAAAUCGACUGGACGUUUAGGACCAUCAAUGGCAGUGAGUGAAUGGUUUAAAAAAAAAAAAAAAAAAAUGUGCAUGAAACAGUAAAUAUAAACAAACUUAUGGCGCAUCUUGGCCUGAUUUGCAAUGUGGAUGAGUUCAAAUUGUCAUAUUUGCGUUCAAACUUCAUUUGGCUGGUCAUUUUUGUCAUCAUUCAUUACACAAAUAUUUGCCUCAUUUCGCAUUGGCUAAGGUCAAGAUAUUAAAUUUUGGAACCAUUUUUCUGUAUACCAUAAUUUUCGCACUAUAAGCCGCCACCCAUCAAAUUUGGCACGAAAACGGCAUUUGUUCAUAGAUAAGCCGCACUGGACUAUAAACCGCAGCUGUCCUCAUUGAAUUAUGGGAUAUUUACACCAAAAGAUCUUAACCAGCAACACUUCGAUAGCAUCAAACGACAGUCAUAAGACCAAAUGAACCAUCAUUGCUUCAAGGAGCUUCAUUUGGCCAUGAAUGCUCCCUUGAGGGAGACCGUCAACGUCUGCUUCAACCUGUCAACACUGUUGUCCAACAUGCCUCCUAGCAUGCAUUUCAGCGCUACAGAUGUAAAUAAAAA